AUAGGCAAUAAGAUAUUUCACUGAUACAAACAAUAGUAUUUUUUAUUAGUAACAAAGUGCUGAGCGAGAGUUAUUAUCUCUGAACCAGAAUUAAUUUCUGGUUAUUUUAGUCAUCCAGAAAUUCCAACAUGACCCAGUACGAUCAUUACGAAAGGAAAAGAUGAUUUUUUUUUCCUAUAUGGGUAAAAAAGGGUGUUUUUAUAACUGCUCAUUACGAUUCCAUGGGUGGUUCAACAAACGAGAAUAAUUAGCAUUAACACCAAAACCCUCGUCAUAGUUAUUUAUCCCGCGAAAUUACAACGACAAAAAAUAUAUCCAUAUCGGAAGGAAUCGAAAAGCGAUCGAACAUGAAGCGGUAAAACAACAGCCCCACCAUGCUUCCCUGUUGUUCAAAGUCAAUAGGUCAUGGUACUGAUUUCGUGUGCUCCUUCAGGUCCUUACGGUCCAUUGUCGAAGGAUAAAUAAUGCCUCCAAAGUGGUAAGGUGCCAUUCGCGGCAAUGCUUCGAUGCCCGUUCGCAGUGUGUUGACACGAUCAUGCCAUCCGCUUGCCGUUCGAUAAAUCUCACUUACACAGAGGCACAUUAUAAAUGCAUGCAAAUAAAAUCAAUGAUAAUGACUUCAGCAAUUAAGUCGGCAAUAAAUAACUGCACCGUUGAGCUGCAUCGAUAGUUAUCAUCGCGGUGCACGGGAAGGAACCCGAAUGGUGGACGGAAGCUGUGCUGCUGUGGACACAAGGACUCUGAUGUCGAGAUUUGUUGAUCAAUGGUGUGUAGCAUCGAUUGCUCGUUCCGUGGUUGAAGGCGUAGCUUGUUGCAACAAAAUGCAUUUGUUUGCCGAUUUGCUGGUGCAUUCCGGAAUAAUUGGAUGCAACGGUGUCGGGCGGCGGGUGGAAGCAAUAGACGACGGUACUGCAGUGCAGGAGGAUUGUGGUUGUUUGAGUAGAAGGUGGAUUUGCAAUUCUCAUAUUACCCAACGCGUUGCACUUUCAUCGGUUCGAUAUCACCGAGACAAGGGAACAGGGAUGAUGGUCGUGCAAAAUGCGCAUAAAUACAUUUGCAAAACUAUAGAGCACGGAGGAACCAAACUGAUUCGACAUAUGCAUCCGGUGAUCAUUGUAUAGGGUGUGAACGACGCGGUGCGUUCCAUUUCAUCGCCUCGGUUUCACUCCACAUAGAACCGAGGAAUAAAUCAAUUAAUUACGGUAGCAUACCGACCAUGUAGGUGUAGGUUGGGUCGGAGCCGCAAUGAAGGAGAAUUACGGAUAAUCGCACAUGCUGGGAAGCUGCCAAACGCGUCACUGUUGAAUGUUACGCAUAAAUCUAAACACACUCCAACGCUCUCUACGAAGAGUUUUUUUUUUGCCAUAUGCCUUUCUCCUAAUCACCCAGCAAUUGGCUCGGCGGCAUGUUGUUCCCCGGGAAGAACGGUGAAUCAUUUGUCAGCGAAGAAAAACAUGAACCAAAGCAAUGAAAAACAGGUCAUGGAGAAAGCCUUGUCCUAUUUACCGUCUGCUCUCCCGCAAUGGAUAAAGCAGUUAGGAGCAAAGAAUUGAACGGCACUGCAAUCGGGACGGAUCAGCACUAUUUGAAGUGGAGCUGUAAGCGCUAGCAGCGACCAUGAAGCACCAAGCAACACAAGAAAAUAAAUCUUACUCUCGUUCCGUGUUGGUAUUCUCUUUGCCUUUGCUCUUCAGAUGAUAGCUGUUUAAUGUUGCAAAGAAUAAAUAUUUGCCACCAUUCAAUUGUUGGCUUGAAAUAUGAUUGAUGUUGUGAACUUUAACAGUGUGCAGUAUAAGCUUAAUAGCAGCAUACUAAUGGUGAUUCCCAUCCAAACAUUUGCCACACUGAUGAAGCACACUCAACGGAGACAAAAAGUGGCUUUAAUUGGAGAUCACAAUGCACUCAGUUCGUUAUAACGCCCACGAGUGUGACGAAAGUGGCUGAACAUUUUAAUUGGUACAGAAUUGAUCCACUCACGCUUUACUGGAGUAUGAACACGUCAUCUCGGCGUAUUGAUAUUGAACUAUGUGAUAUUUGUUUCUAUACAGUUUGUUCAGCUUAAAGGCCAUCUCAACUGUGGUAUGAUUUUCAAGUCAAAGCCAUAUUCGCAUCGUCCAAUCUUCUACUUUCCUAAUUGACUCCAUCAGUGUGCGAUCAACCAGCAGUGAAACCAUUUGUGUACACAGAAGAUUGUUUUAGAUGUACGUGUGAUAGCAGUGAUAAAAUCAUACUGUUUGAUUUAUCUAUUAAACAAUUUGUAUUAUGUUUUACUAUUUUUAAAAAAAUCGCUCUAUAUGUAAACAUGUUGUGUGAGGUUUUUUUUCCUACCCAAUACAUUCGCUACGGAAACGUCUUGAAACCAGACCAGAAAUAAAGUCCUGAGCCUGCAAGUCAUAGUGUCCGCGAGUUGUCGACACGAUGCCGCUGAAGCAACGAAACGCAGUGUUGGAGCUGCACUCUCCGACGGAAGACAAUCUGGUAUCGCCUAGCGUAGGUUCGGUCGCAACCGAUUUCGGUUCCAUCACGGAAGAUGGUGCGGGUACGAUGGCAUCCACCGAUAAAGCAUCAUCGUCCGGCCUUCCGGAACAGGAUAAGGUGAAAAUGAAGCAAUCGCUCGGAUUGCUGGAAGGUGUCGCUAUCAUUUUGGGCAUUAUCUUUGGCUCGGGUAUCUUCAUUUCGCCCAAGGGCGUCCUGCAAGAGGUUGGAUCGGUUGGAACGUCACUCGUGAUCUGGGUGUUGUGCGGCGUGUUGUCAAUGAUCGGUGCACUCUGCUAUGCAGAGCUAGGGACGGCCAUUCCCAAGUCUGGUGGAGAUUACGCUUACAUCUAUGAAGCUUACGGGCCUCUGCCAGCGUUUCUGUACCUAUGGGACGCAACUGUGAUAUUUGUUCCGAGCACAAAUGCGAUCAUGGGACUAACGUUUGCAAGUUACGUAUUCCAACCACUGUUCGCUGCUGGUUGUUCGGUACCGACGAUAGGUUUGCAGCUAUUUGCUGCCGUUACCAUCUGCGCCCUUACCUAUAUCAACGCCUACGACGUGCGGGUGACGACUAAGAUGCAAAACGUGUUCAUGUUCACCAAGAUCGGUGCAUUGGUGCUGGUGAUAGUGGUUGGCAUCGUCUGGAUGGCGCUAGCUGAUGGUGGUAUGGACAAUUUUGAGAACGCGUUCGAUGGUACGGAAACUGAUCCGGGUAAAAUCUCGGUCGCCUUCUACUCCGGCAUCUUCUCCUACGCUGGCUGGAAUUACCUUAACUUCAUGACCGAGGAAUUGCGCGAUCCGUACAAGAAUCUACCCCGGGCGAUUUAUAUUUCCCUGCCCCUGGUGACGGCCAUCUAUGUGCUGGCAAAUAUGGCGUAUGUGGCUGUCCUGACGCCCCAAGCUAUUAUAGCUUCCGACGCCAUUGCCGUGACGUUUGCCCAACGAGCCAUGAGCUAUGGGUCGUUCGUGAUGCCUAUCCUGGUGGCUAUAGCCGCGUUCGGGGGGCUUUCCGUGCACAUUAUGACAUCGUCCCGCAUGUGCUUCGUGGGUGCUCGCAAUGGUCACAUGCCAGAAAUUCUGUCUCAUAUCAAUGUCAACCGCUUCACGCCAAUGCCGUCACUCGUGUUUCUGUGCGCACUAUCGCUAUUGUAUCUGUUUAUCAGCGACGUGUAUGUCCUUAUCACCUACAGCAGUAUCGUCGAAUCGUUUUUCAUCAUGCUGUCAGUCAGUGCGGUUCUAUACUUCCGCUACACCCGGCCCGAUAUUCAUCGGCCAAUACGGGUACCACUGUGGGUGCCCACGCUGUUUGUCAUCAUCUGUGCAUUUUUGUUGAUCGUACCCUGCUACGUGGCACCAUACGAAGUUGGCAUGGGCGUCGCACUGACACUGGCCGGUAUUCCGGUCUACUACAUCGGAGUAGCCUGGAAGCAUAAGCCGAAAGCGUUCACCGACGCCCUAGCGCAGGUAACGCAAUUUUGCCAGAAAAUGUUCAUGACCGCCAAAGAGGAGGCCGAUACAGACGAAUAGAUACAUACCGGAGAAAUCGUUUUUGAUGACAAUACUUCAGCAUAAUAUCGCCAUAAAUGGUGCGAAACGAUAAGGCGGGAACACAAUUUGUUUGAUUUGCAUCGUUACAUACGCAAGGCAUUUGAAUUAAUGUGUGCUAAAGUUAAGAAAAAAUCUCGAGAGAAAAGACAUCGAUAGCAAUGUGUUCUUAUAGGAUUUUAACUCAUAAUUUAGGCAGCUAGCGAAAGGGCGAUAGUAGUAGGAUAUAUGUUUGUGUUUAUUUAGUUUGACUUCAUUAUCUUAUUUUGUAUUCGUUCUUAAUUAUCUGUAACAAAUAUUGAACACCGUCCGUCUUUACACGAGAGCAUUUAAAUGCAUUUUGCAGACUUUUUACAACACCCAAUAAUCUCAGAACGUAACAUUGACGACAAAUUUCAUAACAGUGCAAAUGAAAUAGGCAACUUAAUUUGUGAAUCCUACCCAUGACGGAUUGUAAUAAUGUUUUAUAUGUUUUGAAUCUGAACUAUUAAUAAUCAAUCCUUGCCGUACAAUCAAUAGUAUAUGUAACAUGUUUUUCUUUAAUAAUGAUAACUCCUUUCUUUAGAUUAGUAUUCUACAUGUUAAACAGUUUCUUGUUUCACGUUUUAAUUUACUUCUUUCAUAGAACAUAUUGAAUUAUUUUACCUAACACCUAUGAUUUUAGAACAAAUGAGAAAAAAUACAAAACAAAAUAAAUUAGGCAUCUGUUUAAAACCCAUCGUUACUAAAAUCAAUCUCAUGCGAUUGUCUUUAAUAUUAUGAUUUUAUUAUUUUAUUUGAAAAGAUCUUUUAAAAUAUUACCAUGAAUCAUCAUGCAAAUGUAUUGCUGUACUAUCUUGCCAGGAUAAAACUAACACCGAAUGUUCUUACCGAUUUGCUCAUAUCUUGAUUGUGUUAGAAUGUUAAUCAAUCGUAUGCAUUAAUUGCCAAUUGGCUUUUAUAGCUGUGUCAUCGGUAAACAGAAAAUUCUCAUCACAUUCGAAUGUAAUGCCGCAGCUAGCUACUGUAAGAAAGGAACAUUUUUUAGCGUUUACAUUAAAGAUACUUAAAAUAUUAAUUACCAGCAACAAUGGAAGUUACGUUGCCUUGUUUUACUUACGCACGCAUUGCUGCAACACUACAAUACGAUACGUUUGGCAUAAAGUUAACAAUUUAUCUCACGAGAGUUAUGUCGCUUGUGUGAACCUAAUACCGAAAAGAGCAAUUCAUUCCCCAGAAUCUGGGCAGUAUGCUAAGACAUUUGUAAGAAACCUGUAAGACUCAACAUAAUCGCCAAAAGAUUGAAUGAAAAUAAUUGGUUACUUUGGAAAAGGAAUAGGGGAGAGAGAUUCUCUUGUAUCUGUCUUCCGCGGACGGAAAUGUCUCUGUUUUGUCAUCAACGAUAUAUACUGCACAAGGUGCACGGAAAUAAAUUACUCUAUUGAAUUAAGGAAUUGAA